AUGACUUUUGGUAAAAAAAAAACUGCCACUGCUGUUGCUCAUGUCAAAGCUGGUAAAGGUUUGAUCAAAGUAAAUGGUUGUCCAAUUACCUUAGUUGAACCAGAAAUUUUACGUUUCAAGGUCUAUGAACCAUUAUUAGUUGUUGGUUUAGAUAAAUUCGCUAAUAUUGACAUCAGAGUUCGUGUCUCUGGUGGUGGUCAUGUUUCUCAAGUAUAUGCUAUCAGACAAGCUAUCGCUAAGGGUUUAGUUGCUUAUCACCAAAAAUUUGUUGACGAACAAUCCAAAAAUGAAUUGAAAAAAGCUUUCACCCAAUAUGACAGAACAUUAUUAAUUGCUGAUUCAAGAAGAAUGGAACCAAAGAAAUUUGGUGGACGUGGUGCUCGUGCCAGAUUCCAAAAAUCUUAUCGUUAG